AUGGGAAAACAACGCGUCAUUACUUUGGUUCUUUAUGGAAUAAUUCUGUUUAAUUCUGCUACGAUUCUGAAGAGUAAGUAAACUGGGCCACUUUGUUUCUUGCUUUGCGAGAUUCCCUUUUCGAGCAAUUUAAACUGUUCAUCAAUAUUUCUGCAACGUUCUGCAAUUGUUAGCGGAAAUAGGAAACUGUCAACUCUAUCGUAAGAACAUUUUUCUCGCAUUCUAUAGAUUUUUCCACUACAGUCGAACCUCGGCUAACAGCCACCGCUCUACAACGGCCAUUUUCUUCUGUCCCCAACCUGGCCGUUGUAGAGAGGCAGGGGCAUCAACGGCCAAAAUAUCUUUCUUUUUCGGAGCUUGUCCCAUCUACAAAAUGGUAUAAUUACCCAUUUUUAACGGGCCCUUGUGGCUGAAAUUUUCGAGAAGGUCCCUAUAAUUUUCGGAUCACUAGACUUUCAGCUAGGAAAUCCGAACAGAUGAAAAGUUUUUAGGGGAUAAAAAUAUGCCUAUAUCUACCGUUUGAAUACUAAAAUACGUUCAACAAUGCUUUGUUAAGUGGUUUUGAACUAUAUCCUCGUUGGGUGCCCCUGGAGAGGUUCAAAAGAAAUGUAAACUGUGACAUUAAGCUUGGACGAGAGAGCAAACAAUACUCACCCUAACAUAAUUCAAGUCAGAAAGACAUUUUCGCAUAUUUAACUCUUCAGGGGCACCCAACGGCAAUUUUCGGGAAAAUAUCUGUUCGGAAGACGAUUUGAGAACUAGAAUUUUCGCAACAUUUGUUGUAAAAUUUCUUGCUUGCCUGCCUCUCCUAGGAUUUUCGAACAUCUUCAAAAUGGUAUAAUUACCCAUUUUAAACGGAUAUUUACCCUAAAAAAGGCCACCUAGAAUUUUCGGGAGCCUUUUCCUGGCUGAAAUUUUCGAAAAGGUAAGUUUUGAUCCCUAUAAUUUUCGGAUCACUAGACUUUCAGCUAGGAUAUCCGAACAGAUGAAAAGUUUUUAGGGGAUAAAAAUAUGCCUAUAUCUACCGUAUAAAUACUAAAAUACGUUCAACAAUGCUAUAUUAAGUGGUUUUGAACUAUAUCCUCGUUGGGUGCCCCUGACUCUUAUAUAUUUUGGUUUCACAGACAUUUAUACCAAGCACGUGGCAUCUUCGUUCACAUGCGCUAAUCUGAAGAAUGUUGGGGAUCCUGUGACGGAGUGUUCUUCUGAGAUAAUUUCGGCUCAUUGCGCAAGAGUACUUGAUCAGGUGGACACAAGUAAAGGACUUGUUCUUGGAAGGAAAAGAAACGAAAAAGGUGCUUGGUUUAAAGUAUCAAACGUUUCAUCGCAUAUCAAACGAAACGAGAUGUUAUGCUGUUUCCUUUGUUCAGUUAGUACUUUCAGAGUAGUCUGUGUAAAACCAAGCGAAAACUGGUCGAGAGGGGAAUUGGGGUUUAUUGAAAACCGCGACAAUAAAAUAGUGAAAAAUCAUGUUACGACAGUGAAAGUUAAGGCUUUGCCGUAAUUAAUUAUACUGGGGAAAACUGGUCUGGAACGCAGGCUAUGAAAAUUGACGAUCAAUAAUGGUCGAUCUACAAAUAUUCAACAAAAGAGGAACUCCCUUUACCGAUUUAAACUCUACAAUAAAUAAUUCCUUUUCACAUUUGAAUCAGGUAACAACAAAACUGCAAACAAAAGAAAUUAUGAAAGUUUCCGCAAAUGAAAUGCUUUUGUUUCCGAUUAGAGAGAACUAAAAAAGCCUCUUUUUAUCAAAACAAUUAAUUUUUAACGUACAUACUUCUCAAAGCAUAAUCUUUGGAGGGUUAUUUUUCAAACUUAACUGUGUUUUUUUUCCUUUAUCCGUAGUUUAUCUCAGUAUUGGUAUUGUAAGCAUGGAUGGUGAAGAUGACAAUUUGCUGCAAACACUUCAAUCCUUGAAAACGCACAUGUCACCAACGGAAAAAACCGAAAUCAUCAUAGUGAUAGCACUUGAUAGAGAAUCACAAGCAGGAAUCUCACAAAACAUAGAAAAGAAUUUUCAGAACGAGCUCGACAUUGGGCUGAUUCAAGUCAUACACCCAACACAAGAGUUUCUUGGGAGGGUCAAUGCAGAAAGCACAAGAUGGAAACCAUGGUCCUUUACGGAAAAUCUUAAGAAGAAAACAGAAGAUUUUAGCCAGAGACUUAUUUUUCUUUUCGAAUAUUGCUUUCGAAUGUCUAAAAAUGUUUUACUUUUGACAGGCCAAGCGCGUGCUGUCAGGCCCUACUUUCCAGUUAUUAAACAGCAAAUUGACAAUUUCGAAAAUCUAAAUUUAUCUUCCUAUGAACACGACUUUGGGAUGAAUGGACUUCCCGGUUUAGGACGUCUUUAUUCCGCACAUCUGGCCGCGGAUGUCGCCGAAUUUGGCGCAAUGUUCCCACAGGGCCAAACUCCAAGCCAAAUUAUAGAUAUGCACAGUCGUAUUAGAAGUUCUAUAAAAAACUCCGACCAGAAGAGUGAAGAAGUCAUCUUUACGUUUCAUGGCAAGGAACUUCGUGGUGGUAAUCUUGAAAUAGAAUUUCAGACAACUUGUAGUUUUCCAGUGGGUCACGAAGUGGAGAAAGCUUUGUAUUACAAGAACGGAUUUGCCUGGCUGAAGACGCCCAAAAAAGAUGACAGCAUCGUAAUGGUGUUUAUAGAACCCCUUCAAAUCUCGCGCGUGCGUGUAGUCAGUGGAAGUCCGUUGCUCAGGGAUACGAUGAGUGACAGCGUGCUCAAGGUGUGUGAAAAUAACGCGGAGACUGGAAUUUGCGAUGAUUCAAAAUGUACAGAAGUCGGCAAUUUUAGAGAUCCGAUCUUAGAUGUAAAGCAACUUGAGAAUUCCUUACCUUUCCCCGUAAAAUGCUUAAAAAUUGUUUUCAUAGGAGAAGUAAAGCAUUGGAUUAUUAUUAGAGAGAUCUCAAUAUGGCCAAAAGCCUAG